GAGCUGAGAAAUCCUUCCAUAAACCCUAGACAGGAGCUGAGCCACCCUUUGUUCUUAAACUCUAAACUUGGAGAGCAUUCUUCAGAGAAUGGAUUGUCGAAGUAACUAUGAAAAUCAGAACUUGGGAAGCACAUCAUCAAAGAUGAAAUUUGAGUACGAGGAUGAAAGCUCCAACAUUGAGGUGGAGGAAGAUACCUCCAUGUGUGACCCAAUUGACGACUCUAUUGUGGGCAGCGACAAGACUAGCGCUGACUAUUACUUCGACUCAUAUUCUCACUUUGGUAUUCAUGAAGAGAUGUUAAAGGAUGUGGUGAGAACUAAGACUUACCAAAAUGUUAUUUACAAAAACUCCUUCUUAAUCAAGGAUAAAGUGGUACUUGAUGUGGGUGCUGGGACGGGAAUCUUGUCACUCUUUUGUGCAAAAGUUGGCGCCAAACAUGUUUACGCGAUUGAGUGCUCCAGCAUGGCUGAUAUGGCCCAAGAAAUUGUAAAACUCAAUGGGUUCUCAGACGUUAUAACUGUUAUCAAGGGAAAGGUAGAAGAGAUUGACCUUCCGGUUCCAAAAGUGGAUAUAAUUAUUUCUGAGUGGAUGGGAUACUUUCUUCUUUAUGAGAACAUGUUAGAUACAGUCUUGUAUGCUCGUGACAAAUGGCUGGUAAAAGAUGGUCUUGUGCUGCCAGAUAAAGCUUCUUUGUAUUUAACAGCAAUUGAAGAUGCUGACUACAAGGAUGAGAAAAUCGAAUUUUGGAAUAGUGUGUAUGGUUUUGAUAUGAGCUGCUUACGGAAGCAAACUAUAAUGGAACCACUUGUUGAUAAUGUAGAUCAGAAGCAGAUUGUUACAAAAUGCCAGUUACUCAAGACAAUGGAUAUCUCUAAGAUGGCUUCUGGUGAUGCUUCCUUCACAGUUCCGUUUAAGCUAGUCGCAGAACGUGACGAUUACAUCCAUGCCCUUGUAGCUUACUUUGAUGUCUCUUUCACGAAGUGUCACAAAUUGACAGGCUUCUCCACAGGACCAAGGUCUCGGGGUACACACUGGAAGCAAACGGUUCUCUACCUGGAAGAUGUGCUUACUGUAUGCCAAGGGGAAGCAGUAGUUGGGAGUAUGACUGUGGCGUCUAACAAGAAGAAUCCUCGAGAUCUUGAUAUAAUGCUCAAGUAUUCAGUAAAUGGUCAGCGUUGUUCUGUUUCAAGAACUCAGUGUUAUCGGAUGCGAUGAUGCUCGUGUUGGAAAGCAUACAUUUUUCUGCUUGUCCCACUUUGACGUAAAGCAGAACGGUGUUGCAUAUCUUAUAUUCAGAGCUGAUCAUUUACAACCCAGCUUACUCUUUCCAAAGGGCAAAUGCGUAUUUAUGCCUAUUAUUUCUGCUGAUUGUUUGUCCUACCCAGCUGUGGGUUAUUUUCCUUUCUAUUUGCUGUCUGUUACACAACCAAGUUUAUUUUGGCUGCAUUUUGUAUCUGUGGCCUUGAAGGACAAUUUUAUGGAAAAAGGAUGCGUAACUGGACUGAAUUAAUUGGGUUUGAUUUUGGA